AUGGACCCUUCAAUUCCACCACAACCAAAGGCCAUCCUCCGCGGCCACAAGGCCCAGGUCCAUGCCGCCGUUUUUAUUCGGAACAACGAGAGGCUGGUGACAGCGGAUGCCGACGGCUACCUCAUCGUAUGGGAUCUCUCCAUCAUGCGCCCAAAGGCCGUGUGGAGGGCUCAUCAGAAGACAGUUCUCGGCAUCAAGGAAUGGAGCCCUGAGAGGCUUGUUACUCACGGAAGAGAUCACGAGCUCAUCAUCUGGAAGUUCUCCGAGGAGGAUGAGCCCAAACUCAGCAAGGCUCCACCGCUGGACAAUGUGCCCGAUCGGCCUAAGCCAUGGAUCCAGCACGUACUUGCAGUUAAUUCUAUGAAUUUCUGUUCCUUUGCUAUGGCGUCAUGCAAGGCAGAUCAAAGUAUCUCGGAGUCCGAUGAAGUCCUCGUAGCAGCGGCAAACCCGGUCAUCUUGGAGGGAGUUGACAUCUACCAUCUGCCAAGCCAGCGUCGCAUCCACACCCUGAAGCCGUUACCUGGUGCGGGAAUGCCCAUGGCCUUAUCCAUUUUUCAUCUUUACGGAAGUCUGCACCUUAUCACGGCCUACGAGAAUGGUGCAGCAGUGGUCCAGAGAGCGAACCUCGACGCGGGGGAGUGGAUCACCCUGUACAAACACCAAGCUCAUUCCCAACCCAUUCUUUCCUUUGACGUUUCGCCCUGCUUCUCGUAUUUCAUCACGUCAAGCGCGGAUGCCAUUAUUGCGAAGCAUCCAAUCCCUCAAGAUGGCGCUCCAAGUAGUUCCUUUCCCGAAGAUACCGAGAAGGAUAAAGGAAAAGCUCCUGAGCAAAAGGCCCACGAACCAGUCACGGCUCCUCUCAAAUCCGUCAACACCAAACACUCCGGCCAACAGGGUCUCAAAAUCCGCUCCGACGGAACCAUCUUCGCGACAGCUGGCUGGGACUCCAAAGUCAGAGUAUACUCGGCCAAGUCCUUGAAAGAAGUGGCCGUGUUAAAAUGGCACCAGUCCGGCUGUUAUGCCGUCGCCUUUGCCACCAUCAACCCCGCGACGUCGAGCAGCUCCGCCUUGCAGAUAACCAGUGGCCCGGGAAAUGAGAAUGGCAAAGCCUCGGAAAGCCAGCGGGGCCAGCAAGUUGUAUCUGUCUCCCAAAGUCGUUCGCUUGCAGGUUUCAAUAUCAGGGAUAGAAGAAUCAACCAGGCCAGGACGGCACACUGGAUCGCUGCGGGAAGUAAGGAUGGGAAGGUCAGCCUGUGGGAUAUUUAUUGA